UACGCGCAAAAAGUCGAAUAAUCGAUUAGUCGAAAAUUGGCUUAUAGUGUCUACUUUGUUUACAAAUUGCACUUUACAAUUGUUAAAAAAAACUUGUCAGAAUUGGAAUUUCGACAUAACUACACACCAUGAAUAGUUUAAACAUACCCACGGAUUUUGGCCCAGAUUCGGGUGGCAGAGUUAAGGGUUUAACCAUUUUAAAGCCUAUUGUCUAUGGCAAUAUAGCUCGUUCAUUUGGCAAGAAACGUGAGGAAGAUGGACACACUCAUCAGUGGAAGGUGUAUGUGAAGCCUUACCAUAAUGAAGACAUGUCGGUUUAUGUAAAGAAAGUUCACUUUAAACUCCACGAGAGUUACGCUAAUCCUAAUCGUAUUGUUACGAAGCCGCCUUAUGAAAUCACAGAAACGGGAUGGGGUGAAUUUGAGGUUGUUAUCAAAAUAUACUUCCAUGACCCCACUGAACGACCAGUUACGUGCUAUCAUAUUUUAAAACUUUUUCAAUCACCAAUUGUUGACGGCGAACUUUCCACGGCUACUAUGGAUCCAAAAAAAGGUUUAGUCUCUGAAUCUUACGAGGAAAUAGUUUUCCAAGAGCCCACUCAGCUAAUGCAACACUUUCUAAUGAAUGUCCAACCCCUGACCGCCGGGCCUUAUACUCAUGAUACUGAUUUCGAAACAAAGAAGCAAAGAACAUUGGAAAAUAUUCUUGAUGUCAAACAAAAGGUGAAAAAUGAGAUUAACACACUCAAAGAUAAAUUAAAGUUGGCCCGCGAAACAAUUGCCAAAUUUAAAACCGAAUUGGCCAAAGUACAAAAAACAUCGAAUGCUUAGAAGAUAUAAUUUUUAUAUACUAUGUUAAUAAAUAGACAGACUGAUCAUCAUUA